ACGAAAUCCAACGAAACGUGGCCAACGAGGAUAUAUCGGGAUUGCAACACAUUUUGUGGAUGGGGGCCACAAUGGAGGUAUGGUAUCAAAGUCAAGGUUGAUGAUGAGACUGACUCUGCUACAUUUGUUAUGUGUGAGCGUGAAGCUACUAAAUUACUUAUGAAAAGCUGUCAAGAAAUGAUUGAGAAUACCAAUAAGGCUAACAAUGGUAGCGAAUUUCCAGAAGAAAUUCUUUCUUUGGUUGAUAAAAUUUUCCAUUUUAAAGUUGAAGUGAAGAUGGUGGUCAACUCUCGAUUUGAA